AACAGGAAGUAACAGCGCGUUGCUGCUGACGUUGGUGCUGUCUAAUCUAACGAUGGCGUCCACAGAUCAGUCCCUCUUGGACUUAACAGAUAAGGAAACCCGGGAGAAACUGUCGCUAUGGGACCGCCGCACCGAUGCCACGGCUCCCCUCACGGAGAAACAGAUGGACUCCGUCCUGGAGAUCCGAGCCGCGGCCGAAAAGCUCUCUGUGCCCUCUGAGCUACCCAUUGAAGACUUGUGUAGCCUGUCGUCUAGAUCCUUGCAGUCCCCUUUCACUGCGACUGUUCCCGAUUCAACAGAAGACAUCCUGCUCAAAGGAUUUCAGAUGCUCAACAUGGAAAACAAUAGAAUAGAAACUGCACAACAGUUUUUUGCCUGGUUUGCCAAGCUGCAGGCAAACAUGGACCAGGACGAGAAUGCAAAAUACAAGAAAACCAGAGAUGAUCUAAACUGCUACCAGGAACACUGUGAUGUUAUACUAAAAGAUGUCAACACAGCUCUUGAGCACUUGGAUUCCCUUCAGAAACAGUACCUGUUUGUGUCCAAUAAGACUGGCGCCCUACAUGAGGCCUGUGAACAGCUUCUUAAAGAACAGGCAGAACUUGUUGACCUGGCAGAAAGCAUACAGCAGAAACUGUCAUAUUUUAAUGAGUUAGAAAACAUAAACACGAAACUGAACUCACCAACCUUGUCUGUAAAUAGUGAAGGUUUUAUACCAAUGCUGUCUAAGUUGGAUGACUGCAUUGAAUACGUUUCAUCACAUCCAAAUUUCAAGGACUAUCCUGUUUAUUUGGCCAAAUUUAAACAAUGUCUCUCCAAAGCUAUGCACUUCAUGAAGAUUCACAUUGUAAACACUAUGCAAAACCUCACAAGCCAGUUAACAAAAAGGGAUCCAAUGGGUUUAACUAAUGCAGACAAUGCCUUUACCCUUUACUAUGUAAAGUUCAGAGCAGCUUCACCCAAAGUUCGGUCAUUGAUUGAACAGAUAGAGCAGCGAGCAGAGAAGAUUCCAGAAUACCAUCAGCUUCUUGAUGAAGUUCAUCAGUGUUAUCUUGAUCAGAGACAGCAGCUCUUAAGUCCCUGCAUUACAUCCACCAUUACUGACUUGACCAGCCAGAACAGCAAAGACCACUGUGCUUUGGUUCGCAGUGGCUGUGCCUUUAUGGUUCACGUGUGUCAGGAUGAACACCAGCUGUACAAUGAGUUCUUCUCCAAACCUACACCUAAACUAGAUGAGCUGCUGGAGAAGCUGUGUUUGUCCCUGUAUGAUGUCCUCCGGCCUCUGAUAAUUCACAUCAUCCACCUGGAAACCCUGUCUGAGCUCUGUAGCAUCCUCAAGAAUGAGAUGUUGGAAGAUCAUGUUCAAAAUAAUGCUGCUCAGCUGGGGGCAUUUGAUGCCGUUGUGAAGCAGAUGCUGGAGGACGUUCAGGAGAGGCUGGUCUAUAGGACUCACAUUUAUAUCCAGACCGAUAUCAUAGGCUACAAUCCAGCUCCAGGGGAUCUGGCUUACCCUGAAAAACUGGAGAUGAUGGAGAAAAUUGCUCAGAGCUUGAAGGAAGAGCAGAUGAAGCAGAUGUCACAGGAGUCCGUUUUUUCUGAUGUACAGCUUGACGAUUCUAGUGGAAGAAGAAACAGCAGCGCUGGCAAAGUAGAAGCAUCUCGCCUCCAGACAUCCGUCUCUCCUGCAGAUUUGCAUGGCAUGUGGUACCCUACUGUCAGACGAACACUGGUUUGUCUGUCCAAGCUCUACAGAUGUAUUGAUAAAGCAGUCUUCCAGGGUUUAUCUCAAGAAGCCUUAUCUGCCUGCAUCCAGUCCCUGCUUAAAGCUUCUGAUAUCAUCCUUAAAAACAAGACACAAAUAGAUGGGCAACUUUUCCUGAUCAAGCACCUGCUGAUAAUGCGUGAACAGAUUGCCCCAUUUCACACCGAUUUUGCCAUCAAGGAAAUCUCACUGGACCUGAAAAAAACGCGAGAUGCUGCCUUCAAAAUCCUGAACCCUAAGGCUGUUCCCAAAUUCUUCCGACUUAACAGUCACAACGCCAUACUUGAAUUCCUGUUGGAGGGAACACCAGAGAUAAAGGAGCACUACAUUGACUCUAAGAAGGAUGUGGACCGACACCUGAAGUUCAGCUGUGAGCAGUUUAUUCAGCAGCAGACUCAGAUCUUUGUGGGGAACCUUGAGGAGUUUCUCACCAAGGUUGCAGCUCUUAAAACUAUGGCUAUCCAAGGUGGUCCCACGUACAGUCUGUCUCAGCAACCUUGGGCACAGCCAGCAAAGAUCAACGAUAUAGUGAUGGCUACCUACCGCGUGAUGAAGAGCAAGCUGCCAAGCACUUUACAGAGCAUGUCCUUGUACUUGGCCAAUAGAGACACAGAGUUCAUCCUUUUCAAGCCUGUCCGGAAUAACAUCCAGCAGGUAUUCCAAAGACUGCACGCUUUGCUUCAGGAGGAAUACAGUGGAGAAGACCUUCAAAUCAUUGCAUGUCCAUCUAUGGAGCAGAUUAACCUGCUGCUGUCUGUGAAUAAGUAAUGUGGGGUGUAAGGAUGCUGAUUUAACUGCCUCUGGAUAGUGAUGGGCUGCUCCAGCGCCGGCCAUGACCAGGAGCUUUGAGGUUGAGUGGGCGAGAUGACCAGAAGACUGCACCUGAGCUGCAUGCUGGACCAGGAGAACUGAACCAACAGCAAAAAAAAGAAAAAUCAGCACAGGGCCAAAGAAUUUCCUAUAGAAACUCAAGUAGCUACAAGUAUGAAGGGGGUUCAGGUGAAGUCUACACACAAACUGGGAAGUGGAGAUUAUCCUCUGGGGUACUGAGUUGAUCAUUUUGUUUGACUAAAAUUAAAUGUGGUGUUGGGGGUUUUAAGGUUGCUUUGUUGUAGAACAAAUCCAUUUUGAAAAGGGUGGAUUUGAGAUUACAGUUGCAUCUCUCUGUACACCAAAUCGAAUUUGCACACUCUGUGAUGGUGGGGUGCAGGCAGCAGCGCUUCAGGUGCACAAAUGGAGCCACUAAGCAGUCGCUCAUCAGCGCAGGUAGCUAACAGCCAGUAAAAGGGGCUCACAUUCAGAGCUCCCUUGAGUGGUUUGGAAGGGUAAGAGAAAAAUGCUGCAAAAUGUUUUAUUCAUCUAUUUUAAACUGUAAGAGUCUUUGUAACACAGUUAAGAGAAAUAUGAUGACCUGUAGUACGUGUGUCUCAGAUCCAACAAAGUUUUCCCCUCUAA